CAAUUUUAUUGUAUUUUAUUUUUUUAGAGACAGGGUCUUGCUGUUUCCCCCAGGCUGGAGUGCAAUGGAGUGAUCAUAGCUCACGUCAGCCUCCAACUCCUGGGCUCAAGCGAUCCUCCCACCUCAGCCUCCCCUGUAGCUGGGACUACAGGCAUAUGCCACCAUGCCCGGCUUCUCAGAGCUGCAAUUUUAAAUCGAAAGCCAGUGAAGACCUCCCUGUGGAGGUGGCAGGUUAUCAAGACAGAAGGUGUAGAGAAGAACCUUCCAAUCAAAGGGAAAAGGCAGGUCCUGCUGUGCUCAGGAAUGGCCAGAAGUACUAUCAUCUCCAUCUCAGAGAUGUGGACAGGGCCGCAACAGCGUCAGGGCGUUUCCUGGCUCCUCAACAGCAGGAUCCGAAGUCGUCUGGAGGAUGAGCCGCUGUGCCUGGGGCGGACCUCCCCUGCAGCGCGCGGGCGCGCAGGGUGCACAGCCCUCUUGGACCCCGGCACCGGCUCAGGCUCAGGCUCAGCGUCAGCAAAGGGACCUGCGCGGCGCCCUGGGGCGGAGGAGGCCCGAAGGUCAGUGGCCAGUGCGCUGCGGCUGACGGAGGUCGGGGCGCAACUGGACCGGGAGGCGCGCCCAGGGCGGGGGUGCCAGGCCCACUCCAACCGCGGGCGGCCAGUGAGGAUGGGAAGCCGUGCACGACGAGCACAGUCUCCAUGGGGAGGAGAACAGGAAUGUUCCUGUGAGCCCCGCCGCGCCCUACCGCCAGCGCAGCCCAGCGCCGCGGGUCCCCUCCUAUCUCACCGGAGAACGGAGUCUUCACUCCCAGCUUCAGCCGAGCCCUGGCCCCGCAACUGCCUGAAGGCACGCCCCCUGCACCUGCCCACCUCAGUUCCCGCCUCCAGCCCAGCGGCCAAGAUCGCAGGUCUCUACAAUGACUUGGAGCCACCCCGGAAGACCAUGCGCAGAGGGGUGCUGAUGACCCUGCUGCAGCAGUCGGCCAUGACCCUGCCCCUGUGGAUCGGGAAGCCUGGUGACAAGCCCCCACCCCUCUGUGGGGCCAUCCCCGCCUCAGGAGACUACGUGGCCAGACCUGGAGACAAGCCCCAGGAUGACUACUCUAUCCUGUUUGAAGACACCUCCUAUGCAGACGGCUACUCCCCUCACCUCAGUGUGGCCCAGAGGUACCUGGUAGCUUCUAAGGAGCCCAAGAAAAAGUGACGCUGCCCGGCAGACUCGACGUCCUCCACCAUUUUGGGGCAGGACAGCAGAGGAUGUGCUGGGAUUAAACAGACAUUCCCCCUCCACAUGUCUCCUGGGUUUUACUUCUCCAAACUCUUCUCCCCUCCCCGGAUAUGGUGACCUGGGGAGCUGGAGGCUUGGAGAGAGGUGACCAUAUGUGGCCCCACUGGGCAUUCACUCUUUCAGCUCAGAGUUUCUCUUCCUUUCCAAUACAGGCUCUACAUGAACACAAA